AUGGUUUUGGAAAGUACUAUGAUUUGCGUCGACAACUCUGAGUGGAUGAGAAAUGGAGAUUUCGUUCCUACUCGUCUCCAAUGUCAACAAGACGCUGCUAACCUUGUAAUGAAUUGUAAACUUCGAGCUAAUCCAGAAAAUGCAGUUGGACUUCUUUCCAUGGCUAAUGGAGUUCAAGUGCUGUCAACCAUGACUCAAGAAAAUGCUCGAUUAUAUAUGAAACUUCAUCAACUCGAACCAAUGGGAAAAUGUAAUUUCUUGGCUUCUUUCAAAGUUGCCCAUUUGGCUUUGAAACACAGACAGAACAGAAGCCAUCGUAUGAGAGUUGUUCUGUUUAUUGGUAGCCCAAUCGAAGAAGUCGACACUAACGAGUUAACCAAGUUGGCUAAGAAAUUUAAAAAAGAAAAAGUCGAUUGCGAUGUUAUUUGCUUCGGAGAAACUGAUUCUGAAAACAGUAAAUUAAUGGGCCAGUUUAUUGAUACUCUUAAUGGAAAAGAUGGCACAGGAUCUAACCUUGUCGUGGUUUCUUCUGGAUCUACCCUUACCGACGCUCUUCUUAACUCUCCUGUCUGUCGCGGCGAAGAUGGAGGAAACGCUAACAUAGGUGGUGGAGGAUUCGAGUUCGGUGUUGAUCCCGAUGAGGAUCCUGAUCUUGCCUUGGCUCUCCGUGUAUCUAUGGAAGAAGAACGUGCUCGUCAAGCAGCAGUCGCUGCUGCUUCUGCUGGAACAGAUGGCAAUGCUGCUGAAACAACUCCAAUCGCAUCUGGAACUGCUGAACCUGAUGUUAUGGAUAUUGAUAUGGGUGCUAUGACUGAAGAGCAACAACUCGAAUGGGCUUUGAGAAUGUCAAUGCAGAAUGAUGAACCCGCAACUCCCGGAGGAGCGGAAGUAGAAGUAGAUGUUCAUGAUAAUCUCGAUGAAUUAAUGGAAAAUCCUGAACUGCUUCAACAAAUUGUGAAUGAGCUGCCUUCAGGCAAAGAUAAGAAAGAAGACGACAAGACGGAACAGAAGUAA